AUGGCGACCGGAAACUACAACUUAAAUGGCGCUAACUACGGUCCACCAAUCCAGCCUCCUCCGAUUAAAACAUACUACAGCCAAGGUCGACGCGGCGCCGACGUAGGUUGCGGCAUCUGUCGUUGUUUCUACAGCUGUCUCCUUUGCUGUGGUAGUUGUCUCGUUAACAUCAUCUGUACCAUUCUCUUAUGUGUAGCUAUAUGCCUUGGGUUCGUAGCUUUAAUCGUCUAUCUUAUACUCCAACCCAACGUCGUGAACAUCCAUGUUACGGACGCUAACUUAACGCGUUUUGAGCUCGACCCGGGAAGCCAUAACCUUCAUUACAACCUCUCGUUGAACUUCGCAAUACGUAACCCUAACCAACGUCUUGGGAUCCACUAUGAUAAGUUAGAGGCGAGGGGUUACUACGGUGAUAAGCGUUUUGCUGCCGUGAAUAUGACGUCGUUUUAUCAAGGGCAUAAGAAUACGACGGUGGUUGGAACGAAUUUUAAAGGACAGAAGCUGGUUUUGUUAGGCGCCGGUGGCCGGAAGGACCUGAAGGAGGACCGGAAGUCUGGGAUUUACAGGAUCGACGUGAAGCUGAGGUUUAAGAUGAGAGUCAAGUUUGGGUUUCUAAACUCAUGGGCCGUUAAGCCCAAGAUUAAGUGUCAUCUCAAGGUUCCGUUGAGCGCCUCUACUUCAGCCGGAGGGUUUCAGUUUCAUCCCACCAAGUGCCACAUUGAGCUCUGA